AUGGUUUGGGCCACCACCACCCGCCAGGUCCUGCCUGCCUGCCUGAUGACUCUGCGGUCCCGAAGGUACCCGCAACGAUAUGAGAUGAAACCGUGCGCCCUCGGUACAUACUUACAUACGGUCAUGGAAAGCUUCUUUCACCGCCCGGUAUGGUCGACUAUGUACCCGCAACGAUACGAGAUGAAACCGUGCGCUCUUGUCCGACUUGGGCUGUCCGUGUCCAUGUCCAUGUCCAUGGCCGUGGCCGUGGCCGUGGCCGUGGCCGUGGCCAUGAACGAUGCCUUCAUUGGAGAAGGUGCCAAACCAAAGGAACGCACCCACGCACAUAACUAUAGACAUAGCGGAUACGCGGCGGCCGCCGCCCCGAACCGUUGCCGUCGCUGCGAAGCCGCUUACGUGCCGCAUACCCGCCCCCUCUUGAUCACUUGCAUCGCCGCCGCUGCUGUCAUCGCCGUGGUCGUGGUCGUGGUCGUGGUCGUGGUCGUGGUCGUGGUCGGCCGUCGAGGAAGGUUGACGGUGCGAAGAGUUGCUUAUCGUGAGAACAAGCUUUGGGCGAGUCUGGAGGCCGUCCACCGGUGGUGGCUCUGCUUGGGGCUGUUCUUCACCCCGUCCCACAUCUAG